AUGGCGGUCUCCACGCCCCAAGAAACGGUGCCAUCUACCCUGCCAUCACAGAGUGCUACAACCGCAUCAUCUUCCCCACAAGACGUGCACAGGUAUCAAACGAAUGGACCUGGGAUGGAGCUGAAACCCAUCGGGAUACAUAAUGAGUCGAAUACUUGUUUCUUGAACUCGACAUUCCAAGCUUUGAGCGCAACGGCUCCGUUGACCACAUUACUAUCGUCCUCUCCCAGCUCACCACUGUCCGUACAUCCCAACUCUUCGCUACCUGACCCCAUAGUCCCUCCCAAAUUGAUCCCUUCAUUACAUCCGGACAUUCUCGAACCACCUCUAUAUGAUUUGUUACCCGUCACAAGAGCAUUCACCAAUUCCCUUCACCGGGCAUGGAGGAUGAAAGAAGCAGGUGGAGGUACCUAUGGAGCCAGUGAAACGUCAUCCAAACGAUCCAUGUCGUUGAACUCACUGUUGAGGGAAAUUGCGAGGAAAUAUGAUCAGUACGAUGACUACUCCCAACAGGAUGCUCAUGAACUGUUGAGGCAUCUACUAGAUUCGAUGGAGAUGGAGGAGAAGGAUGUCAUCAAGAAACUACAACCUGAUCUGCCGCCCUUGAACAGUAAUCUAGGUGUUAGCGGGAGGCGGAAGAAGUCCAAACAUAACGACAGCACACUGAAAUCUGGUCAGACCACUCCCUCAGCUUCGACCGCCAUGAACCAGCAUCUCGAUUUAAAGCAUAUCAGUCCACUUCCUUCUCCACUACCUUCACCAGCCCACACUCGACCCUCCUCACCAGGCCAUCUCGAUGUGGAUCCUAUGGUUUCCGCUGUUCCGAUCAACAUCAACGGUCAAAUGACCGGCCAUGUCGUCAACGAAGACCAGAUAUUCUCUCCAUCGGAUACUCCUGUGGAAAGCGUAUCCGAGAUCCAGCAGUUAGCGGAAGAAAGGUUGAUACCUUUUGUCGAUGUCUUGUUUGGUGGAUCGCUGGCCAGUGUCGUCGUGUGUGAGAGAUGUAAAGCGGUCUCCCACACGUACGAGGGCUUCCUAGAUAUCUCACUGUCGCUCAAAGGAGAUGAUCCCAAACCGCGUAAAAGAGACAGGCUAAGAGCUAUGGCACGUAAAUUCCGACCUCGGAAAUCCAACUCGGCCACAGCACAAUCACCCGAUAUCUCUCAAGGCAAUUCUUUCCAUUCGGUUGUGUCGGAAAGCGAACUAUCAGAAACCGAAGGACCGAGAGAGAAAGAUCGUCGGAAGAGUAUGGAUUCUGAAGAUAGGAUAACAAUCGAUUCUAACAAUACCAACAGUAGUGGUCUCGGUCGAAGCAGUUCAACCAAGAAUUUUGGUGGAUUGAAGAACAAACCUAGUUUCUCGUUCAGAAGGAAAGACAAGAAAGCUGCUUCCCCUGUUAUCGGUCCAUCAGCCACUUUCGAGGAAGAGAAAGUCAAAACCCCUUCUACAUCUACACCAAAUUCACCGUCUCUACAUGGUCAAGGAGUUCAAGUCGACAGGAAGCAGUCUAAACAUCACCAUAGGCACCAUGGACCUGGCCCAACCCCCGCACAAGCUGCGUACAUCUCACGUAUACUCGCUCCACCUCCUGGUGCUAUCGACUCGGACGAUCCACUUGCAAAACUUCGAGCUGCUCAAUCUGGUCAACCCGUAGAAGCUUCUCCAUCUUCACCUGAAUAUGGCUUGAUCGAUGCCUUGCGAGCGUUCACUUCGGUCGAGGUGUUGGAAGGCGAAAAUGCCUUUGCAUGCAAGAAAUGCUGGAAAAUCAAACAUGGUUACUACUCCAAACACGAAGCGACUGUCAAAGAGGAGGACGAAGAACAAUUGAAAGACGAUCACGAAGGAUUACCUCAGACUUACACAAGAGACUCUGUAUCGACUGCCAGCUCCAUCGGCACGUCACCACUGCUGGUGCCCAGUGCAAGGGUUUCUUCUCAUCAGCCACCUCAAAUCUCUGUCAUGGGGUCACCCUCGUCGGAAAAAUCUGGCAAAACAUCCUACUGGGAUAACUCGGAGAGCAGUAGAUUGGGAAGAUCACCAAAUCAUUCCGACCAUCCAACGAUCAGAGCUCCAUCACCACUACGAAGGCAGCUGGAAUUGGAAGAGCAGGAAAAGCUGAAUCAGCAGAUGGCAUCGACCACGCUCUCCUCAACUUAUGGUUCCGAUCAUUCGCAAUUGACCAUCGGUAGCACUACCACCACCACGACGUCCAGGUCGAGUGAAGACAACGACGUAUCCACGUCAACGUCUGCGGAUAACUUGGCUGAGGCAGAAGAUGAUGAAGAGGACGAAGAAUCAGACGGAUUAUCGGAUUCCGAAACUUCGAUAGAUGAACAUCAUGACAAUAAUGAUAAUAACGAGGACGAUCAAACGAGAUCCAAAAGGAGCAAGAAAAGUAAGAGCAAAAAAGAUCAUAAUAAGAAAUCGCAUCAUGUGGUCAUGGGCCGAGCAUUCAAGCGGUAUCUUAUAGCCAAGAAACCUGAAAUUUUGGUAUUCCACUUCAAGAGGUUCAAGCAGACAACCAAGAGUUACAGUUUCUCGAGUUUCUAUGAUUUGAAAAAAAUCGACGACUUCGUGUCGUUCCCCGAAACUCUCGAUCUCGCACCUUUCCUAGCACCCAACAGGCAAGAUUACAAGGUGAACCAGACUCCUGACGGCCCUCGAGCCACUUACAUGGAAUGGGCGAAUCCCGAGCAAGGCCCCGAGCUGGAUCCUGUUAUGUAUAGGCUAUAUGCCGUUGUCGUACACCUAGGAACGAUGAUAGGAGGACAUUAUAUCGCUUACUGCUUGAUCGAUCCUGAACAAAUGUUUGGUAAUGCCGCAGAAGGUGAGAACAAGACACCAACGGUUGAACCGCUUGACCACAGAUCGAAUUCGAGUAUCAAAUCGCGGCAGAGCGGUAAGGAGCAGAAAACGGAUAGAAGGGUUUGGUGUUUCUGUUCCGAUACAUCAAUCCGAUUGGCGAGUAUCGAAGAAGUAUUGAGUCAAAAGGCUUAUCUAUGUUUCUACGAGCAAGUAUCACAAUAG